AUGGCUCCUGUAUCCCUGACUUUCCCUGACUCCGCACCAGGCUUCCUUCGGAUUCGGAAGACUCUUUCAUAUUGUGAGGCCUUGCAAGCUGGAUACGGCUCAAAGAUCACAUCAACGUCGCCCACGAAACUGGAGGACAUCUUGGAUAUGGUUGGCGAAGAAGCGAAACGGCUGGAAAUGAUGCUCGGAUCCGCACUUUCAGUAGACUUCAUUGGUCUUGUUCCACUGCUAUUUGUGGUUGUUCAAAUUUUUUACUAUCGUCGAAACUUUACACCGUUUCGAUAUUUGAUACUAUCAAAGCUUAUAGCUGAUGGACUGGAGCUGUUAAUUGUAAUGAUGAUACUGGUUCCAUCCGAACUGAUAAUUGGUGAGUGGGUUCCGCAACGUUAUCGACCUGCAAUUGGCUAUUUUGCCAUAGGACUGCAAUAUUCAAGUAUCCUUACAUCAGUUGGAAUGACGGCCAAUCGUUUGCUCGCUGUCUUAUAUCCAUUAAAAUAUAACACUUGGUUUACGAAGAGCACAACUGUGACAAUGGUUAUCAUUUCUUGGCUUUUGGGAUUCAUAGUGAGAGUAGAUUAUGUGUACUCGGACUGCCAUUUUGUGUUUGACCGUCAAUCCAAACAAUUCAUCUACAUCGCGUGCAACCGAAUUCUUCCGUUCAUAGGUAAUGCUAUUUUGGCCCUGCUAACUACAACACUGGACAUCUUCUCCUUAUCCCGAGUAAAACAUAUUACUGAGAGAGAUGCAGACAUUCCUAAUCGAUCAAAACGCGAAAAACCUUGGUUUCUUCAGCACCAUCAGGACAUCAGCUCUGACGGAUCUCGAGUGUGUUAUAUUGUUGUUAUAUUCGCGGAAAGCAGUACGAAAUGUCAACAUGAUGUCAUCCUUGUACCGAAGCUAGCUGCAGCCCAUAGACUACGUCUACGUUCUGAUAAGUGCAAACAGAUGAGAGUUUCAUCGAUACCUAGAACGGAAGUCAGAGUGAACGGACAACCAAUUGAAAUUGUCGUCGAAUUCUGUCACCAUGUUGAAGAGGAACGACAGGAAGAUAUUUAG